AUGAUAGAUCUAGAACAUACCUCUUUCUCAUGUUUCUCAAGGGAAUCCCAUUCGGCUGCAACGAUUUUUGAAAUAUUACCAAAAGUUGCAUCUGGGAACGAUUUUUUCACGAUCAUUUGUCGCUCUCGGAAGAACAUUGCAUAUGCCGAAACUGGCCUGGAAAUAGUUCGUCAUGAAAAGCAAAAUGACCAACUUCUCAAAGGAAAAAAGAGAGAAUUUCAUGAGCUACGAACCUCGUAUUCUCUUGAUUUGAAUCCUCGAGUGAGUUCAUGGAUGUCUGAACCUCGCUUGGAAGUUGUUUGUUACUCGGAUUAUCUUAGCAUUUCGAUUUCUAAAAAUGCAAGAAGUAACAGCAGCGGACCGAAGGUAUCUUUUUUUGUUUGCUCAUUUGAAACAUUCUACGAAAUUCAUUAG